UAAAAGGAACUUAUUUCACGUAGAAAUUUUUUACAGAGAGAGCCGAUAUUUGCCCAUAAGAUAUUCCUGCACAGCACCGAAAACCAAUCGGAGGAAUUGCCGUGCUGAGUUGCCGUAGAUUCGCUCCCGCAGCCACAGCAGGCUUUAUAUUGAGGAAUGGAGGGAGUAGGAGCUAGAUUCGGGAGGUCCUCAUCUAGGUACGGCCCCUCCAGUGCCACCGUCUUCACGGGCCCGGUGCGUAAGUGGAAGAAGAAGUGGGUCAAUGUGCCGCCCUCCAAUUCCAACCAAGCGGCAACAAACGGCAUCGUUAAUGGCUCCUCCCACCUCUUGCUCUACAAGUGGACUCCAAUCCAAAAGAAAGACAAUAAUGACAAUAACAUCAAUGAGAAUAUUAACGGCAAUGAUGACUCCAAGAACUCCGAUAUAGAUGACUCCGUCGAUGUAGAGAAGCCGCCCAAACGUAAAUUCAAGUAUAUUCCGAUUGCCUUGCUGGUAGAACAAAAGAACGAGUCCUCAGAAGAGGUUGAUGAUGAAGCUAAAUCAACUGAAGCAGACAAAAAUGCAGAUGAUGGAACCCCCAAUACUGAUGGCUGUGAUGAAAAACCUGACAUCAAUGAUGUACCCAUGGACGAAAAUCAGGUCCUCGAGAAUAAUCCUGUCGAACGGCAAGAUCUGAAUGAAAGCACACUGGACUUGAGUCUGGGCUAGAAAGCUUGUGACGGUCAAAGUGAAUCCAACUCAAAAAGCUGAGAAAAUUAAAGAUGAUCAAUUGAAAAGAGUGAAUUCUAGGAACGCAGUAUAGAACUCUCAAAGAAACUAUAUUUUUUCUUUGACUUUCCAUUGAGCAGGUUACUUAAAAAGUUAAAUUUGACGCAGUUAUGCGUCGAACUUUAGCUUCUUGAACCCCACCCCUCCCCCGCGCCCCUAUUGAGGCAAUUGCAAUCUAUGCCAUUUUUUUCUGUUAGGUACCAUAUAUAUUUUUUCUAAUGAUAGAAUCAGAUUUUCCAGAUUGUAGUUCAAUAUUUUCCUCGAUUAUUCCCUUGCAUGAAAUAGAAUUCCUUGUGAACUGCA